AUCAAGAGAGCUUUGCAGGUUGCACCCCGCCCAGUUGCCGGUGCCCUUCGACCAAUUGUGCGUUGUCCUACUUUUAAAUACAACACCAAGAUAAGGGCAGGACGAGGCUUCACAUUAGAGGAACUGAAGGCUGCAGGCAUCUCACGAAAAGUUGCUCCAACCAUUGGUAUUUCAGUUGACCACAGGAGAAAGAACAGGUCUGCAGAAUCCCUUCAGGCUAAUGUUCAAAGACUUAAAGAGUACAAGAGCAAGUUGAUUGUCUUCCCAAGGAAGGCAAGCAAGCCCAAACAGGGAGACAGUGAGCCUGCUGAGCUGGCCAAUGCAGUACAACUCCAGGGUGCAGUUAUGCCCAUCCAACAGUCACGUCUACCCAUCAAGGCUCGCAAGAUCACUGAUGAGGAAAAGAAUACUAGUGUAUUCCGUAGCAUGCGUAUUGCACGUGCUAAUGCCAGGUUGAUUGGCAUCCGAGAGAAGAGGGCCAGGGAGAAGGCUGAGCAAGAUGCUCUUAAGAAAAAAUAAUCUGUGAAUAAAUGUUGAAAUUCAUUUGUUGCA